AUGCCAAACGAAACAGCCACACCAACUCCAACCAGCUGUUCAGCUUGGCAACAAACCUCAUCGACUAAUUCCAACAAUAAUUCUAAUAAUAAAUCACCUAAUACUGCUCUUUUAACACCUAAAGACUGGCCAAGUCUUGCUGAGGCCACUGUUGACUCAUCAAUAACAACGAAUGAGCAAACAGUGUCCAAUGAUAAUGAAACAAGAAUAUCUCAACCAAAUACACCUAGAACAAGAAAAACGAAAACAAAAGAGAAGUCAGCAACAUUAUCAGUAGAACAUGAAGAGCAAGAUAACGGUGAUGGUGAUGGUGAAACAGCAACUAAUAAACAGACAUCAUCUAAUGAUAAUGAUACUGCAACAUCCCAGCCAAAUACACCUCGAACACAAAAGAAGAAAGGAAAGCAAAAAUGGGUACCAUUGCCAUUAGAUCAGCAUGAACAAGAAGAUACUCAGAAUGAAACUUCAACUAAUACAAAUGUUCAAAAUGGUGCUAAUCAAACAGCAAAAACAACAAAAGGCAGUCGUGGUAACCGAAGUUCACGUAGUGGACGGGGAGCUAAUAGAAAUAAUCGUACACGUAGUCUCGAUGCUACUGCACCAAAAAAAAGUCGAAAAAAUCGUGCAGCUGCAGCAGCAACAGCAGCAGCAGCAGUUGCCUAUAAACAAACGUAUGAUCCAUAUCAAGAUUAUUAUUCAUACUAUUAUUAUGAUCAAGAAGGUCAAGGUAUUCCUGGACCUCCAUGGUAUGCUGAUAAAUUAAGUAAACGAAAAAAGAAAACCGAAGGAACACUUGGUGUUGAUCCGAAUGCGCCAACCGGAGAUGAAACUUCCGGUUCAGAUAUAACAGGCGCUAAUAAUGCUCAUGAAACAGCUAUUAAACGUGAUGUGCACAAUUUUAUAUUUGAUGAUGAAACGGUAGUUAUUGACGAUUGUUCUUUUGUACUGCCAUAUAUAGAAGGUGCUUAUUAUUAUCAAUCAACCACGCCACCACCAGCUACUGAUACACCUUUAACUAAUAUUGAUAUUAAUACAGAUGAUUAUUCAGCUCCACUAGUACCGGCUUACACUGAACAACAAUUAAGAGAACUCCUUCGACGUCAAGUUGAAUAUUAUUUCAGCACAGAAAAUCUUGAAGCAGAUAUAUUUCUUCGACAACAAAUGUCUAAAGAUGGUUAUGUACCGUUAUCACUUAUUGCAAGUUUUAAUCGAGUUCAUACAUUAUGCGAUGAUAUUAAUUUUAUUGCUGAGGCUGUCAAAGAUAGUCUGAUUGUUGAACUUAAUGAUAAGUGUAUGGUACGCUGUCGAACAGAACCAACACGAUGGCCACUCAUUAUGGAUGUUAGUAAUCAUCUAACAGCACUUAAUCCUGAUGUACCGGAUUUUCAACCGGGUAAACUAUGGAAAUGUGAGAAUGAACGUAAUGCAAUGCUUAAUGGACUUGAUGAUGAAUCACAAUUAUUGGAGAAAGAACGAACUAAAAAUAAUGAAGUUGAUUGGAGCCAUGUACCAACUAAACGAAAGAAACCAGCUAAGAAGAAGGAGAAAAAAGAGCCACAACAACAAGAACAACAAUAUCAGAUAACUCUACAACAAAAACAUUUAUCAGAUAAUCGUGAAGAAUUAGAUUUUCAAUUCGAUGAAGAACUGCCUAGUUCUCAUUCAAAAACAAAUAAUAAUAAUAAUACAUUAUCAUCUUAUCUUCCACCAUCGUUUUUUCAACAAAAUAAUCAAAAUCGACGUCGUACAACAUCGUUAACGCUUGAUUUACCCGAAGAGCCAGAAGGUGAUGACUUAGAUUUUGAAUUGGAUGAUGAUGAUAUCGAUAAAAUCCUUAUCAUUACACCAACACCACCAUCAAAUCGAAAACAACUACCAAAAACUCAUGAUCGCACUGGUGAAUAUACACCACGAGCACGUAUGACAGCUGAAAUAGCAAAAAUUAUUGAUGAUGGUUUAAGAUGGUAUGAAGAAGAAUUGUGGCAUGAUCGACCAGCCGCAGCAGCAGCAGCUACUAAUGAUAAAACAGUGAAGUUAAUAAGCCAAGAAGAAUUGGAAGCAAUACGUAAAUUAUCUAAUCAAUCACAACCGGUGAGUGGACGAAAAUUCAGCGCUGAUGACGAUGAUGAUGGCAACGAUGAUAUAAGUCAAAAUUUUGCAUCACAAGCUAAUAAAGAAAAUAAUAAGUCGGCGGCAAUAACGAGUUCAAAUGAUAAGCAACCUCGAAGUCCAGCUAUUACGAUUAUUCGUUCAAAUAAUCGAGCACCACCACAAGUUGAACCGUUUUAUCGACCAAAACAUUUACCUAUUUCAAAUCAAUCUCAACUUUUAGCACAACCGUUAGCAAACGAUUUUAUAUCACAUUCAUUACCUAAUGAUAGCAAUGCUGAUGUUUCAUUGAUUAAUAUACCGGUCACACCAAAUGCAGCUGAUAAAAAACGUUCACAAGCAUCAAAAGAAUAUCCAGAAGAACCACGAACACCACAUUCACGUGCAAAAUAUGCAGCUCGAUUUUAUCCAGUUACAAAAGAUGCUACUGUUGUUAAACCAGAUACGCCUGGUCUUAAGCGUAAAACUCGUCAUAGUGAAAAUCCACCGGUGGAAAGUUCAGUUGGUUGGGUGUUUGAUUCUCGUGGCCAUCCUACAGGAACGACGACAGCAACGACAGCAAACACUACCACCACCACCACAACAACAACGACAGCGGCCAAACAAAGAAGCAAUACAGUGUCUAGUAAUACAACUCGACAACAAGAUCUGUACGAACAAUAUUCAUCGUCAUAUAAUGAUUCGCAUUAUUGGUAUGGCAGUGGAUAUGGUAGUAAUUCAAAUCUAUAUGAUUAUUAUGGUUCAACACCCGUUGAAAUACCUCAAUUUCAACAUCCGUCUCAUUCACUUUUACAACAAAAUGGUUUUACUCAACAAGUUUAUAUAAAAUAUAAACAGCAAUGUCUUGAUGACAGAACCAAAUUGGGUGCUGGUCAAUCUAUGGAAAUGAAUACACUCUAUCGUUUUUGGUCAUUUUUCUUACGUGAGAAUUUCAAUCGCCGUAUGUACAACGAAUUUAAACAAUAUGCUGUUGAUGAUGGAAGAACUGGACAUCGAUAUGGUCUUGAAUGUUUAUUUCGAUUUUAUACGUAUGGUCUUGAAAAACAUUUUCGACAAGAAGUAUUUGAUGAUUUUCAAAAUGAAACACUCCGUGAUCAUGAAGCUGGUCAAUUAUAUGGUCUGGAAAAGUUUUGGGCUUUUCUUAAAUAUUCUCGACGAAAACCGAAGAUUGGUUCAAAAUUAGAGGAAAUCUUGAAAAAAUAUAAACGUCUCGAAGAUUUUCGAGUUGAUGGUGCUUCAUUUCCACAACAAUUUUUUCCAACAAAAUCAGGCAUUAUUACUGUUCCAGCACCCGAAGCAGUUGCAGCUGCAGCAGCAAAAGAAGCAGCAGCUACUGGAGGAGCCAACAGUGAUAUAACUAUGAUAAAUUCAUUGAAAACAAGUGGUGAACAUUUUCCAUCUCGUAAUCGUGGUCAACCACGACAAACGAAUCGACGAACAACCUCUGAACGGUGUUAA